GUUGUUUAUUUUGUUCUUCAUUAAUCGGAGGUUUCAUUUGUAUAAAAUGUAUAAUUAACGAUCUGAAAUACAGAUCGGAAAUAAGAACCUGCUAUUCGAAUAAUCAUAUGAAGAGUUCACCCCCUCCAAUGACAUUUUAUAUUCGUCCCAGACAUCCAAGGCGUGCCGUGGGCUUUUCAACAUUUAUGCCAGCUCUUGUCAAUCCAAGAAGUUUAACCACUGGACUUUCAAAUUCAUUGACGAAUCCCCAACUUCAAUUAGUGGUUUUCAACGAAAAGAUAGAAUUCCUGAUGAUGUGUAUCUUUCUGGUUUUUUGGCGAGCUGGCUUAGCGGAUUUGUCUUCCCUCACUCUUCCAGGGAAAUUCGUCCGACAAUCUUUCAUGUAGCCACCAAAAUGGCAAGUGGAACCUUAUUUAGCUUGGCCAUUCCCGUCCUUGCAUACCUCUAUCAUUCUCUUGGUAAAAUGGCAUCAUCAUCUUCACCUGGGAAGGAAAAUAUUCAGGGUCCUUUACAUUACCUUUUUGGAUGGAUUUCACUAUAUUUUGUCACGACUUACUCUCAUGGGGAUCCUCAGUCGAUUUGUCCGAUUCCUGAUAUUCAUUUCAUGCCAUAUCUUGGGUUUAUUGGAAACCAAUCGGCUGCCCAGUUUUUUACUGAUAAAUUUCCAUUUGUGGACUCUCUUCUAACUUAUCGUACGGAGUGUCAGUUUAGGGCUCUUACUCAUGAAAGUGAACCUUUAGGCAUUCUGGUCGACUCUGAAAGGAUAUCACCUUUCCACCUUGGCUAUCUUAUAUCUGAGGCAAGGGAUUUUAACUUUUAAAAUGGGAUUUAAUUUCAUUUCUGAACCGUACUCCCCUAACCGAUACGAUCGUCAAUUUGGAUUUGCUCAUGCAUGCCCUAUACCACUUAAUGUAUCUUGUCGGCAGCCCUCUGAGUGGUCUAAAUUUUAUUACAACUGGCGCCAUAUGCUACGUUGCGGUACAAAAGUCUCAUUGGAGUUACCAGGCUCCCGAUCUACUUCUCACGUAACCAUGCCUUAUGCCAAUUGGUGGUUGGGAACUUCCUUUACCGUGCUUCAAUAUGUUACUCAUACCCAGCCGAAAUCUUCACGCAAGAGAAAACUGGAUAUGUCAAUUAAAGACCGAAAGACGAAGAAUCCUCCUUACUCUAGAGCUAGGUCAUCAUCUUCACCUAUUGCUCUGGAAGUAUCAUCACCUCAGAGAAUGGAUAAUAGUCGACCACUUAUUGCUCCUUCUCGAUCUAGUUACUCGGUUUCAGAUCUCCUUCAUCUUUUUGAGGAUAUGUGUAAUUCUCAAUUUAAAAUGAGAUUUAGCUUUGAGCAAGUAGAUUCUGGUCCUCAAUUUUCUAAUCUCGCAAAGCUUUUUCCAGAGACUAUGUUUAUCAGUGAUUGUACAAGAACUUCCCAACCCACCGUAGCGACCAAAACGCCAAUGGAUCAAUUUCGCACAUACUUAUACUCUUUUCUUGAAGAUAAAGAUGAGAAUAUGAUUCAAGAACUCUUUGAGGAAGAUGGGUAUGAAUUAACUGCCUUGGGUCGUAUUCGCAUUAAGAGUGUUGAAAUUCCUUCUCCUACCAAAUCUUUUGAUUGUUCUCUCAAUGGAAGUAGCGAGAGUGAAGAUGAGUUUUAUGACUACACCCCUCUUUUAGAUGGCACACCGACUAAGAUGAGUAAAUCGCCUUCAGCAAAUGUAGCUUUUUCUUCUCCUUCGAAUGAGUCAUCCAAGCUAUUAGAGAAAGGUAUAAUUCUUUUUUUCUUUUUUUUCUUUUUUUUUAUUAUUAUUUUUUUUAAUACCUUUCAUUUUCUUAGACACUGCGCCUCGGACUUCCCCAGCUGCCUCGCAUAUGCCGUUGGCUACCUUUAAGGGUAUUCUUAUUCAUUUCUUUGUACCUCAUUUUAUUUCAUCAUGUAUAAAUACUCAAAGAACUCUUUUCUCUUUAGAUCAUGCCACAUUGCAAAAUCCAUGGUCCACUUGUGGGAAUCACAACUUGUCUCCUCCACCUAAGUCUCUUCAAGCCGUACACCAAGAAAAUACUUCUGACACAUUGGAAGAGACAGACGAAAUUACUUCUGAUACCUCGGAAGAGGCCCAAAUUCUUGCAGACUUACUUGAAGCAAAUGGGGUUAACAAAUUAUUUGACAAACUUGAAGCACCCUUUGCUCCAUCUAACCUUCUUUUGGGAACUUCUUCUAACGAAGCAGCCACCCAUAUUCAGAAAGGUCUUACUAUUUCUCUCCAAUCAAUGACGGAUGUUAAUGGCAUGAUUGCUGUAGCAAACAACGUUUUCAUGAUUUUGAAGAGUUUGGGUGUAGACUUCAUCUCCUUUUAUGAGAAGGUGAAGAUAUUCCUUGGGUGCUUUGCUUUAAAAACCCAACUUGCAGAUUCUUCAAACUUGUCUACUGUAGAAUUUGAGGCCCAAUAUUAUGAGAAGAAUCUUCAUUUCGACAAAGUUUCUAGCGAACAUGAACAAUUGUCUACUUCAAUUAUCAAGUUGGAUGAGCACAUUGCGGGUCUUAAUCAAAGGAUUAUUCAAACCAAAGAGUUACUCAAACAACUUGAAGAGGAAUUGUCAUCCACCCAAGCGGAACAUGCAUCCUUUAUGUGUGAUUUUGCACAAGCUUCCGAGAGUGUUUCUAAAUCAGAAGAAGACGUGCAAACUGCUCUGAAUGUUUUGAGCCAACACAAGAAGAAGAAUGGACAACACAAUGUUGUGGAACGUGCCUUUGAAAGGGCUAAUGCUUCUCUUAAUGAAUGAAUGCACUUUUAUUUUUUUAUUCAUCCGAACAUAAUGUAUUUAUGAAAUUUCGCUCAAUGAUAGAUUUAUUUGUUAUAUGAAAUUUCUCAAUACAAUACAUUGAUUUGUCU